UCUCUCUCUCUCUCUCCCUCUCUCUCUCCCUCUCUCUCUCUCUCUCUCUCUCUCCACCACUCGGCUGCUCACUCCCUCUCUCACCACCUGUUAGUGCGGACCCCUCAUGCUCUGACAUCCACUUGUUUGUGUUGGAAUCUCCUGCACUCACACAACCUGAGACUCUAUGACGGUGCGGAGAGGAAAGAAGCUCAGCAUCUCCAUCCAGGAACACAUGGCCAUAGACGUCUGCCCCGGACCAAUCAGACCCAUCCAGCAGAUCUCCGCCUACUUCCCCCGCCUAUCUCCCACCUCCCCGAACCCUGCCACGUUCCCCAUCCCCGCCUCCUCCCCUCUGGCCCUCAGCCCCGGGGCCUCCAGGAUGGGCGGGGCUCACCUCCUGUCCCCUCUGCUGGCCCACGGUCGGCCCGGUGGCGGCGGGUCGUUGUCUCUGACCAGCAGCGUGGACACGUCGGUGGAAAUCAACAGCUCCGACAGCGACGACUGCACUGCUCUGGGGACUCUGGAGUUCGAGCUGAGAUACGAGCAGAGCUCCAACGAGCUGCACUGCACGGUGCUGCGAGCCAAGGGUCUGAAGCCGAUGGACUUCAACGGCCUGUCGGACCCGUACGUCAAACUGCACCUGCUGCCCGGAGCCUGUAAGGCCAAUAAGCUGAAGACGAAGACGAUCCGUAACUCUUUGAAUCCAGUGUGGAAUGAAACUCUCACGUACGUCGGGAUCACAGAGGAGGACAUGCACAGAAAGACGCUCAGGUUGUCUGUGUGUGACGAGGACAAGUUGACUCACAAUGAGUUGAUCGGUGAAUCGAGGGUUCCUCUGAAACGUGUGAAACCAGAACAGACCAAACAUUUCCACACCUGCCUGGAGCAUCCGCCACCAAUUCCCUCGCCCACGGCGAUGGGCGAGGCUCUUCGGGGAAUAUCCUGCUACCUGCGAGAGUGGGAGAACGAGCAGCUCCACAGUCUGGAGGAGAGAGGUCGUCUUCUGCUCUCUCUGCAGUUUUUGCCUCCGCUGAGUUUGGACGAUAAAGACGUGGAGGGAGGAGGAGGAGGAAGGGAAGGCCGUCGCAGCGGCGGUCUCUGUGUGGGCGUGAAGCGCUGCGCCCACCUGGCAGCCAUGGACGUCAACGGAUUCUCCGACCCCUACGUCAAAAUAUACCUGAAACCCGACGUCCUGAAGAAAUCCAAGCACAAAACAACAGUGAUGAAAAAAACCCUCAACCCGGAAUUCAACGAGGAGUUCUUCUAUGAGAUCUCUCUGACGGAGCUGAGCAACAAGACGCUGGAGGUGACGGUGUGGGACUACGACCUGGGACGCUCCAACGACUUCAUCGGUGGCGUUUGUCUGAGCUGUCACUCGCAGGGCGACGCCCUCCGUCACUGGACGGACUGCCUGAAGAACAAGGGCAACAGGGUGGAGAGGUGGCACAUCCUGACCAAUGAGCUGCCACGAACCCUCAGCCACGAAUAACCCUCUGCAGACGGUUUCAGACGGUUUCAGACGGUUUCAGGGUCAUGUGGUUCCUCUGGUUCCUUCACGGGACCGACUCCAGUGUCUUCACCACAGGAAUCAGCCGGAGCAGCAUGGUGCUGGUGUGCCUUCCAUCUUCAACAGUGAGUCGUCCACAAGAAGAAGAAGAAGAAGAAGAAGCUUGUUGGCUGAAUCACACCCACACACACACACACACACACACACACACACACACACUUAUGAGGGGUGGAACCUACAGAAAAGAAACUGAAAUCACUUCUAGCUUAAAUUAAAUUGCAUGAUCUUUUUCUACAACUGUUCUCUCAGUCAUCGAGUGUCUCUGCUCCCAGUCAAAGAGUCUGAAUCCAAAAAGAAGAAAUGAACAUAUUCCUGGUGAUAUGACAGCGCCCCCUGUCUGUACAUAUUCUGGUCUCAGUUGUAAUUCUGUCUUUGUUCUCUCGUGUAAAACACUGGAGUCUCAAAGCUGAGCAUCAAAAACUAAACUUUGGUUGAUCUUUGAUAAAUCCAGAUGUUGGUUUAAUGAAACUUCUGAAUGUAUUUCCUGACUCGUCUAACAUCUGGAUCAAUGUGUUGUUUUUAAAGAUUAUAAACAUUUAAAUGCAUGAAGCAGCCAUGUUACCGUUCCCUGUGCUGAGCGUCCCACACACACUGCUUUAUUGGCACGACCAUAAGUAAGUGUAGUUUUGUCGAAGCAUGUUGUGCAAAGUUUACAUGUUAGUAUAAUAAUUCCGAAGGUAAGACAAACUACGUUUUCUUCUUGGACUUGAACUGUGAGCAUGGACACGUCUCGUGUUGCACUUUGACUUGUUGAACAACCUAAACACCGCUAACGUCUAACAUCCGAAGCUGCAAGUUUCCUCUGUGCAGCCUCACAAAAUGGACUCUGCUACAGAGUCUCGCUGCCAGAGGAGAUAACUGGAGGGAACAGGGCCGUCACUGACUCCAACCAGAAUGUGACUCAGAGCUCAAACCUCUGCCAGGGCCCAACAGUCCCUUAAAUUCAACACACACACGUCGUCCUGUAAACAAGCCUGCUUUUUAAAAUCAAGAUCCAUGAGAAAUCCGUGAAAACCUUGAAUAACACCUGCAACGUUAAAGAAAGUGAACUUCAGUAGUUUUGAUGUAAACCUGGUAACAAACAAACAAAUAUGGGUGAAAAGCUAAAAAUCAAGUUGGAAUCAAUUCGUUCGAUGUUUCCCAAAUACUUUUGUGUUCAGAUUUUUCUCGGACUGACUUUACUGAUGCAAUGCAACUGGUCAAACUGAUAGUGAGCGCCCUCUGCUGGGUCACAAGGUUACGUAGUCGGCCUGAUGUGCCUUGAAUUCAAUCAGAUCAUUACAGUUAGAAUCUUGAAUAGUUUGUUAUUCACAGUUAAUAAUCUCCAGCAGCGAAAAGACAAUUUACCUUUGGAUUAAAGAUACUUCAAACAGCAGUAGCCAGAAGAAGAAGAAGAAGAAGAAGAAGAAGAAGAAGAAGAACAUCAAAUCGUAUGACGUUCAAACAGCAGCAGACACAGUUAUAAUCUCUGGAGCAGAAUCCAGUUUUCUCUCUGUUUUGUUCUCCACCAACAGUUCCACCCUUCAUAUGUUUGACUUUAGUUACACGUCACAUUUUCCUGCUGAUCAGGUGAAGGUUCAAGUGUUUAAUAUCUCACGUGUUCAAGGGUUUUAAACCACAGACUAUACAUAAAGAUGUCAGACAUGACAGCCCCCAGAAGUGAAGCCAAAAUGUCUUGAUCCCCACCUAGUGGCUGGCUGCAGUAUUGGUCAUAAACCCUGCCUCCUCCAUGUUAGCAGUAUUCUGUGGAGGCGACUUCCAUUUAAAAACUGUUUGAUGUUUCAAACACACAUGACGACUGUUGCUAGCAGGUUGAACUAGUUUAGGUUAACUUUAUCUUAAACUCUGAUGGUGUCGGAAAUUAGCUGAAUUUUUGCUAUAAUAUCAUUUUUAAAGCCACAAGCUAACACAGACGUUAACUAACUGCUGCAGGUAAAAAGCUAAUGAAUGCUAACAUUAGAUAAAGCCACUGUUUAAGGCCUCCCUACAAUGUGUUUGAUUUUAGAACUUUGGACAACAUAAAAAACAUCAGAACAACGCUUCGAGAGACAUGAACUGUCGGAGGCUUCAUCUAAAAACGGUCUCAUGUUUGUCAUAAGGCUUCACAACGCACACACCACAUUUCUAUUGCACUCAAUGAGACUGUGAAAGAAUAAACUGCAUCCUAUUGUUGCCAUGACGACUGAUGAUGAUUAUAUAUCAAUACCAGUGGUUCUUCCUUGUUGUUGCAUGAUGCAAGAUGUUGAUAUACUGCUUUAUAUCUCUAUACGCCUGUUUUCUAAUUCCAAGUGUUACAUCAUUUCUCUUUUAUGCACGACUGAAUGUAUGAAUGUGACUUUCUAUACGAUAUUGUUGUUUACACUGAUCUCGUGCUUUACAGUUGUUCUUACAUUUCUAUCAGGUGUUUUAUGUACGAUGCAACAGUAAAUUUGGAUUCAACACAAACUCAA